CACGAGUCAGAGUGCGUGACACUGGCAAGCAGUCCCUGAUAACUUAGGGCAAUCGGGAAAUUAAUGCGUCGCAUGAAUAAUCGAUAUUCCGAUGCAUCGGUGUUUUACUUACACCACUAAAAUUUUUCGUUAUUUAUGUAAAAACAGGAUCGAAAUGUGUACGCCGCAGUUUAACAAUUAGUUGAGUUCUACACUCAAAUAAACACAUAACGGUCUGCGAGCCACCAAGGGGUGGGUUAUUGUUUUCGAUUUUCGGUGCAUUCGUGCGAAAAUAAUUCCGGCCUAGAGCGGCUGCUGCUGCUGUUGUUGUUACUGUUGUGUGCGACGUGGGCGCGCCCACUGAAAAAAUCCAACUGACGGACGUCCUUUGGCAAUAGUAAUAGCAUCAAUACUCAGGGGGUACCAAACGAAAAACGGACACAAUGGCCGAGAGACCGAAAAAUUUGUUUGCAACUGGACCCAGCCGCGCGCGAGACCCACCUGAUCAGCUAAAUUUUAACAAUCUAACCAUACGUCAUCCGCCCUCGUCUACAUCCUCAACAUCGUCAGGUUCCACAUCGUCAGGCUCAAGUUCCUCAUCGCAACACAACAAUGUGGCGUUGCGUUUCGGCCAACCGACGCUACCGGCGCCGCCAGUUUCUCAAAGUAGUGGCAACUCAACUGCCACGGAUAGGCACCGGGAGCGCAUACGUCAGCAGGCCUGCGGAAAACUUCAGUUUGGGGAAGGAGCCGCCAAUACACAUCAUUUUACAUCGGAUGAUCUCGAAGACUUGGGUGAGAUUGGACGCGGCGCUUUCGGUGCUGUGAAUAAAAUGAUAUUCAAGGAUUUGGGAAAAGUCAUGGCAGUAAAGCGAAUACGCUCCACCGUAGACGAGAAGGAACAGAAACAGCUGCUCAUGGAUCUCGAAGUGGUUAUGAAGUCGAAUGAAUGCAACUACAUUGUGCAGUUCUACGGUGCACUGUUCAAGGAAGGCGACUGCUGGAUAUGUAUGGAGCUGAUGGACACAUCGCUGGACAAGUUCUACAAAUAUAUAUAUGAGAAGAAACAACGGCACAUACCAGAAUCCAUACUGGCCAAGAUCACAGUGGCCACGGUGAAUGCGUUAAACUAUCUUAAGGAGAAGCUUAAGAUCAUCCAUCGUGACGUGAAGCCAAGCAAUAUUCUGUUGCAUCGGCGCGGUGACAUAAAGCUUUGUGAUUUCGGCAUUUCGGGCCAGCUGGUCGACUCGAUUGCCAAAACCAAAGACGCGGGUUGCAGGCCUUAUAUGGCGCCGGAACGUAUCGAUCCGGAGCGUGCCAAGGGCUAUGACGUGCGCAGCGAUGUUUGGUCUUUAGGUAUCACCCUAAUGGAGGUGGCUACGGGCACAUUUCCCUAUCGCAAAUGGGACUCGGUGUUUGAGCAGUUGUGUCAGGUUGUGCAAGGUGAACCGCCACGUCUGCAGACAUCCUACAAUGGCAUGGAGUUCUCCAAGGAAUUUGUUGAUUUUGUGAAUACUUGUCUCAUUAAGAAGGAGAGCGACCGUCCGAAGUACAGCCGUCUGCUCGAGAUGCCAUUCAUACAGCGCGGGGAGAACAGUCACACCGAUGUUGCAGUUUAUGUCACCGAUGUGCUGGAAUCGAUGGAGAAGGACGGCAUAACGCAGUUCACGGCAAAUCAGCCGGCAGAGAGUUAAUCAACUAAAUCGAUGAAACUGAAGCAAGUCAUAAAUUAAACUAAGCUAAAUGCGUUAAGCAAACCCAAAAGCAAACUAAGCGUAAAGUUGUACGAGUAUGUGUAGUGCAUAGAUAAAAGCAAAACAUAAAUUGUUGUCUACUUUGUAGCAUUGUAGUGAACGUAGUGCGUAUUUUGUUAAAACAAGAAACCAUACAAAAAAUUGUGUAAAGUUUUAUAUACAUACAUAUAUAAAUAUAAAAAAGAAGCAGAGGAAA